ACAUCCGCUGGUCCGUCCACAUAUUAUCGAGCUGUCUGAAAAUAUCUUGCAAGAUUAGCGGUGUAUCAUUAGAAUUGCAAUUUUGUGACAUGCGCCUGAAGAGCACGUGAUUUUGUGUCAAUAUGGCUACCAGGGUCCUCUUGCCAGCUGUGACAGCGAAAAAAGAAACGAAUCGAACAUCAUAGAGAGACCGCUCGUUUAUUUUUUGUUUUUAAACACACUUACUUUACAUCUGAAGGGUGAGUCAAUACACAUAUGUCUUCAAUUUUGUUUUUGUCUAGUUAACGAACUAUGUUAUUACGUGAUCUGUCCCAUAUUAACCUUAGUCCUUAUGCUAAGAUACUGCUUAAUGUCAUUCCUUGCUUGGGGACUAUUAGCUAAUUAGCUAGCUAAUAAUAUGCUUUCGUAUCCUAGGUAGUUAGGUAGCAUUACCGUUUCGUGCAAACGUAAUAUUCUCCGUAACAUUAGAAGGCUGACUUAGCUAGCAAGCGAACUACAUCUGCAACGAAUCCCAUUCAUUCCAUCGAAGAAGGUUGAAUCGCUUGACUUGCCUUUUUCCAGAAGCAGCAAGGUGACAUGAAUUGGCAGGGGAUGUACAGACGAUGUUAACGUGUGAAAGUGAAAGAAACUGACUGCUCUGGAGGGCUGAUUUUGUUUUUGGAGGACAUCUGUCUGGAAGUGCAGCGUCUGGAGGCCGGACCCCCCCCUGCAGCCAUGCUAGCCAAUCCAGUGAUUGUGGAGUCCCUUGUGGUGUUUGCCAUUGUUCUAUGUGUGCACUUUGUGGUGUGGAACCAGCUGUCGUGGUGCUCCAUCGCCUUAGCCAUCCAGGCCUUCUAUGUGCAGCACAAAUGGGACCGUCUGCUGAAGUCCGGUGGGGCCGUGUUUCAGUUCCGGCCAUCGGCAACCAGCGGCAUAGUGCCAGCGUCCAUGGUGAUGCCUCUCCUGGGCCUAGCCCUGAGGGAACGCUGCGAGGCCUCGGGGAACGUCUACUUUGAGCGCUUCUCGAUGGUGAUCACGGUCACCGGCAUGAUGCUGGCGCUGUUCCUCUCCCUGAUCGCCUUGGGCAUCACCCGACCUGUGCCCACCAACACCUGCGUGGUGGCAGGCCUCGCCGGCAGCGUCGUCAUGUACACCACCAAGCAGGCCCUGACCGUGUCGGAGGUCAUCGAGGUCCUGGAAGUGCUCCUCAUCUUCGUCUACCUCAGCCUGAUCGUGCUGUACCUCCUGCCCCGCUGCUUCACGCCGGGCGAGGCCCUCCUCAUAGUGGGCGGCAUCAGCUUCAUCAUCAACCAGCUCAUCAAACGCUCGCUCAACCUGGCGGAGGUGAAGGGGGACCCCGUGAACUACUUCCUGCCCGUGGUGGUGGUGGGGUCGCUGCUGUUGGGCAUCUUCUUCACCCUGCUCUUCUGCUUCAUGGAGUCGGAGACCUGGGUGUCCUCGCUCUUCUUCCACAUGAUGACGGCCGUGCUCGCCCUGGGGAUCAUCAUGCCCUGGCUCUCGCUGCUCAUCCGCAGGCACCCGCUCACCUGGCUGCUGGACUUUGUCACGCUCAACCAGAAGCGCCUCUACCUGCUGGCCUACUGGGUCCUGCUAGCUGCGCUAGCGUCCAUGGUGGUCCUGCACCAGAACUACAGGAGGGCCUCCGGUUCCAAGAAGCACCAGGCCUCCACGGUGGUGCGGAAGUACUUCCACUUGAUCGUGGUGGCCACCUAUGUGCCGGGGCUGGUGUUUGACCGGCAGCUGCUCCACGUGGCUUCGGUAGGCUGCCUCGCGGCGUUCCUCCUCCUGGAGUACGUGCGGUACUUCAGGAUCCGACCCCUGGGGCAGCUCCUGCGGCAGCUGCUCACGCUCUUUCUGGACGAACGGGACUCUGGGCCCCUCAUCCUCACCCACAUCUACCUGCUGCUGGGCAUGUCCCUGCCCAUCUGGCUGUUCCCGGGCCCCUGCGCCCCCAAGGGAAGCUUGCCCGGGGCAGGGGGCCUGGUGCCCUAUGCCGGGGUGUUGGCCGUGGGGGUCGGGGAUACGAUGGCCUCGGUUUUUGGCAGCAGCAUGGGGGAGAUUCAGUGGCCGGGGACAAAGAAGACCAUGGAGGGCACGGCGACCUCCAUCUUCGCUCAGAUCAUCGCCGUCGUGAUAUUCCUCAUCUUCGACGGGGCCAUCAACCUGAACGCCAGCUACGCGUGGAUCGUGGGUUCCAUCGCCCUGGUGUCACUGUUGGAGGCCUACACCACCCAGAUAGACAACCUUCUCCUCCCGCUCUACCUCUUCAUCCUCUUCAUGCUCUGAACUCGGCCUCAGACCGUACAGCACUGCAGGGGGGUAGUGAAGGUGCCACUCAGCUUGAUGAUUAUUAUGCUGUUGCUUUGAAGGCUUGGCUGUAAGUGGUAGACAUCUGAUGGCUUUAUUUCUUGAAGUUGGAGAAAAGCCCAAAGUCCUUACAUAGUACACCAUAGAAGGGAUUCAGGUGUUGUGGCAAAAGAAGGCUAGUCCAACUCGGGGAGACCAUGAAAACCAGCCUGGUUAUCCCAGCAGUAACAACUACAAAAUGAAGGAUAGCUCACUAGCACCUCUUUUUGUACUGCACUGAGAAUUGUGUGUACAGGAAACACCAUCACAAAAAAAAACAUACAAUGUAGGCUAUAUGAGGCUAAUGUUUCAUGCGGUACCUUUUGUACAAUUAAAGAUAUGUACUACUACAAAUAUAUCAAUUAUGUCGAAUAACACUGGCAAAUGAAUUGGCUUUAGUGAGUACAGUAAACAACAGCAGUGUAUUGAAAAUGAUCCUUCGGGUUUGAAUAAUAUUUUUGCUUUUGCAGCAUUACAGGGGAAAGCAUGAGCCCAAUUAUUUUACAUUGCACUGUCUUUAGACUAGACGGCUGUCACACACGUAAUAUAGUGGUUAUUGAGCUGUAACAUUUUUAUUUGAUACAAGUGAUUAUGGAAUCCAUUGCUCGUUUAGGGUCACCCACAGUGCUUACAGACAUCCAUUUAUAUAGCUGGAUUGUUACAGGAGCCAUUGAGGUGCAGUGCACUAGUCAAAUGUACGCCCAUUUUGAACCCCAAGUUGAAACUCUGUUGGUGGUUUGUUGCUGUGGACACCCGCAAUAUUCUGCACUGUCCUGUGCUUCUGACUCUUGUUGUGUUAUUACUGUAUUGCUGUGGAUCUGCCCCUUUAAAUUUCUUUGGGGAGAUGUUCACACCUUACAGGUACCAAAGCAGUUGGAGGUCAUUCAUUAUUAAAUGAGAGGUUGGAUUUCGCCAUGUUGUGGAUUUCUUUUUUGCAACAGCUGCAGAAACAUUUGCACAUAGCUUCAGGAUUUGAGGCUGAGAAAAUGGAGGACCUUUUUAAGUGAUGAUCAGUAUAUUCAAUGCUAAAUUCAGAGCAUUUCAGUAUGUGUGGCUUUCAAGAGCAGGUUUGUGGACCAGCAUUUUAAGUAUCUGUUGUAAAUUUAUUUAUUUAAAGAUUUAUUUUCAGGUAUAUUAGUCUUAAAUAUAAAAGACAUACUGUAUUGGUAACCACAUUUGCCUGUUUCACUUCGAGUGAAAGCUGACAGUGUGAUUUUGAAGGUCCAAACUGAUGCUUGCUCAAUGGAAAAUUGCAGCACAUUUUCUGAAUUGGUGCGAGAUAUGAAUGAAUAAGGUACAAAAUGCUGUAAUGUAUAGACAGUACUGUAGUGUCUAUACUUACACUGCACCCUGUGGUGUUUAGUAAUAGGUACAUCCAUCAAAGCUCUCCUCGCUGCAUUUCGUUCAUGGACAUAUUCUUUACGAUUGACACAUUCCUGAUCACUCGGUCAACAGGCAGAGCACAGUUGAGUGAAUUUGGUGUUAAUGAGUAUCAUAGUCAUCCUAAAGGUGCAUGUGUCUUUCCCAUAAUCCUAACCCCCCCCCCCCCAAUGCCAUAAACCUCCGUUAGUACUGGGUUGUUCCUCUCACCCCAGUCAUGGGACACAUCAUGGAAUUUGACACUGGAAUCACUACAGUCAGUUCAUUUGCUGUGUUAAUAACUCACGUCCAUGCUGCUGGCUUAAUGACCAAUUGUCAAACGUGAUGCUGUGAAUGCUGUCUUUUCUUUAGUGAUGUGUCUGAUAUUGCCCCUUUUUUCAUGAUUUAUUUGCAUUAAUAGUUUAUUUGCACUGUAAUGAAUGUAUUCAUGUUUUUGACUAAACAUGGUUCGCAUUGUAUACAUUCUUUGGCUGAUGUAGUGUUAUUGCUUGAGUGUUUAUGUUGUACAGGAACACAGUUGGUUUAGACCACGCAUGUUAACGUAAGUGGUUUGCAUCUAGAAACCACUGGCUACACAUUUUAUCUACCCCAGAAGGCCAAACUAAAUUAAGUAAAAAGCAGGACGUCCAAUAUUCCUGAUAAAUCGAGACAUUCCUAGUGUGCCAUACACUGGACUCAUGUGACAACAAUAACCGUAUUUCAUUUAAAAGCUAAUAAUCUGAAAAUUAAGGAAUGAGAUGCAAGCUACCAGGCUACAUGAGUCCAUGACAUUGCUUGCACUGGAAUGUCCCUAUUCUAAUGACAAAUCUAAGUGUCACCCUCAAAGAAUGUACUGGUCACGCAGUGUAGUAGCCUACAUAUCAGUGUAAAGUGUAGUAGCCUACAUAUCAGUGUAAAAUGCCAUGUCCUUGGUAAAUUAGUAACACAUGUCAAGGUUUGAGAUCUCGAUGGCACUUUAAAAUUCUGAUGAUAGUUUAAAUUCUUGUCACAAUUCGGAGAAGGAUAUGCAUUGAUGGAAACAUUGAAACAAUUCCUCCUCUCACAGCUGGCCCAAGUAGCUCUGUUCAUUACUGAAAACUGCAAUCCAGAUUUAGGGAAUGGUUAUCCGGCUGACGUUUAGCAAUUGCAUUCACCUGAUUGCAGUUUUAAGAUGUAGUCAUUUCAGGCAAUUUGACUUCGCAUAGGAUAUUUGAGAAUAAUAUUGCCAUGUGCACCAUUGAUUCCCCAUGUUCCAUUGCAUGUAAUCUAUAUAUGACAACUACGCUGCAUCUACAAAGACAAAGUGGGCCAGAAUUUAAUAAUUGAAUUACUUUACCCAGUAGAUUGUUUGCAUGAUGUUGCAGCUCAGUCUGUUGUGUUUUUUCUAUUUUAUAUGUGCAAUGUUUAUUAAGAAACACAUUCUUGCCUUGGCUUCUUGGCCAUUGCUUUGCACCAGUAUGGAGGCAGUGGUCAGCCUUGUCCAGUGCUGUAUGGCAGAUUGUUUCAUGUUGAGGAACCACAGUUCAUGUUGCAGCAUUCAGGACAAUCAUGCAGAGGAAUUUAACACCCAUGGCAACAAUCGCUGCUCCUAAGUGAUUAGGAUGGGUCAAAUGCAGAGGACAUAUUUUGUUGCCUUAGACAGAUAAAUUAAUAAAAAAUAAUGUAGGUCCAGCCAAACAAAUACAGAAUAAGGUGUAGCAAUGUAGGAAAUAACUCCAUAACUCUUUUGAGAAAGAACAGGCAGUGGCAUCGAGCAAUGGCCUUUCUAAAACACAGUCAAUUAAAAACAGGAUAUGUGCUGUUUAUAACAUAUUAACCAGUGGCUGAAUGAGAUUGGUUGUAGGCAGGCAACAGUCAGUUUCACAUUUAUCUUGAGUGGUUGUGUGGAGCAGUCAUUCACAUUUGUGGUUUGCAUAAUAAUAUCAGGGGGCAGCCUGUAGCCUAGUGGCUAAGGUACAUGACUUGGACAUGUACUGGCUGGCGGUUCAAACAAUGUAGCCACAAUAAGAUCCGCACAGCUGUUGGGGCCCCUGAGCAAGGCCCUUAACCCCACAUUGCUCCAGGGGGGUUUGUCCCCUGCUUAGUCUAAUCGACUGUAAGUCCCUUUGGAUAAAAGCUUCAGCUAAAUAACAUGUAAUGUAAUAUCCUCUUAACAUUACCAGUGAGCCCCGAGUUUGAAACUGAAGAAGGCUUGAAGAAUACUUGGCCAUCCAGCUGUAUACAUGGGAAAUAAAGUGUAAGAGUUCUCAUUGACCUGUGUGUGAGGUGUCCUUGCGGGGAUUAGGCACAAAUAGACAUCGUGCAUUUCUGUAGAGCAAAAAGAAGUGGGGGGAAACAUCACCAAAGACUGUCUGCUGCAUGUCUUCACUCUAUUACUGUAAUUGCACUAUGAAGACAAGCCAUAAUUCACCCUCUAGAGUUGCUGCAUGACCAUUCAGUUUAAUACCAUGUAUACAUGUCCAGCUUCUAACAUGAUACAAUCUGCCAUAAUUACAUUAUAUAUUCAGAUCUUGUAGUAUCAAGUAUCAUGAAACCAUUAGCCUCUGAUACUGUAUAUUCAGUAUUCUGUUUACUUGACUGAAUAUAUGAGCGAUUUUCAGCAGUGUUUCUGUAUAUGUAUAGUAUAGAAUUUGCUUUAUAAGUAGCAUGUACUGCUUUUGUAUACUUGUAACAUCUCUCUCUGAUUGAAUAAUGUUGGGUUAAAAGGGAAUGGAGGACAUAUCAAUAAAUAGGGAUUUGUACAACCUG